CUAAGAUGGCGGCGCCCGGGGCGGGCGGCCCCGCUCGCUACUGCCUGGUGAGCGGCAUCCCGGCCGCGCUGCGCUCCGCCCAGCUCCGCGCCUACUUCAGCCAGUUCCUAGAGACCGGCGGCUUCCUCUGCUUCCACUACCGCCACCGCCCCGAGCGCCCGCCGGCCGAGGCCGCGGCGCCGCGCACCUGCUGCUGCCUGGUGGCCGUGCGGCCCGGCCGCGCCCGCCGCCUCCUCCGCGCCUACUCGGGGAAGCGGUGGGUCGGGCCCGGCGGGGCCUGGCUGCCCGGCCGCUGCUUCAUCCGCAGGGUCCGCCUCGGCCCCGGGACAGGCACAGAGACCUUUCCCUACAGUGGGACACACGGGGUGGCUGCAGGAGAACCCGUGGCAGGAGCAGACUUCAGGCAUCUGCCCGAGUUCAACCCCCCUUCCUUCAUGCCAUAUGGGAAUGUUGGCACCCCCCUGAAGGUUUUCCUGGAGCUGAUCAGGGCCUGCAGGCUGCCCCCCUGGGUCAUCAAGAAAUUGCAGCUGGAUUUUCCAAAGACUGGCUCAUCCCGCAGGUACGGGAACGUGCCUUUUGAAUACCAGGACACUGAGACAGUGAGAGAAGAAGAAAGAGUUUACACAGCUGCAGGGGAUGAGAUCACAGAGGGAGAGGAACCUGUGGCAGGAUCAGCAGUGACUCACCCAGCCAGUGCUGAUGAAGAUGAGGAGGAGCAGGAGAAGGAGGAAGAGGAGUCACACUCGGAGGACGACAAUGACACCUGUGAGGAGUGGGAGCGCCACGAGGCUCUGCACGAGGAUGUGACCAAGCAGGAGAGGGUGGAGGAACGUCUGUUUGAGGAGGAGAUUGAGCUCAAGUGGGAGAAGGGAGGAUCUGGCCUUGUCUUCUACACAGAUGCCCAGUACUGGCAGGAGGAGAAUGGAGACUUCGAUGAGCAGACAGCAGAUGACUGGGAUGUGGACAUGAGCAUCUACUAUGACAAAGAUGGAGGUGAUAAGGAUGCUCGGGAUUCAGUCCAGAUGUGGCUGGAACGGAGGCUCCGGGACGGGCUGGAGGACGGAUCCGCUCCGGGGCCGCAGGUCGGAGGCUUUGAGAGACACACCAAGGGUUUUGGCAGGAAGGUGCUGGAGCAGCAGGGCUGGAUGGAGGGGCUGGGACUGGGGAGCAGCAACUCUGGAAUGACUGAAGCUCUGGACAAUGAGGGACAGAACCCCAGAUGCAAGAGGGGCCUGGGGUACCACGGGGAGAAACUCCCAACUUUCAGCAAGGUGAAGAAGCCCCGUCGGGAUGGUCCCAUCCUCAUCUCCACCAUCUAUGAUGACCCUGACCCCAAGGACAGUGGGGACCAGCUGCUCAGACGCCAGCCACCCACGGCCAUCAAGCACAGGCAGGAUGUGGCCUUUGUCCGGGCCUCCCGGGGAGCUCUGCAGAGCUCCAGUGCCCAGUCACACUGAAACUUGUCCCCAAGGGGGUUCUGCUCCUGGAAAACACAGGCUGGCUCCUGGUUUCAGGUUUGGAGCAAGGUGCAGAUAUUUAUUUUUGGAAGGAAAAGAGAUUUGUAACAAAAAGCCUCUGUGGGGUGUGUUUUUAUCCGUGAUCGAGAGAUUGAAAUGGGGGGAAAUAGGUCCUGGUGAGGCCACGUCUGGAAAACAGUCCAGUUUUGGGCUCACUGGUUCAUGAAGGACAAGGAACUACUGGAGAGAGUCCAGAGGUGCUGAGGGAACUGGAGCAUCUGUGAGGAGAGGCUGGGAGAACAGGGGCUGUUCAGCCUGGAGAGGAGAAGACUUAGGGGGGAUCUCAAUCCUAGAAUGGCAGGUUGGAAGGGACCUCAAGGAUCAUGUCCAGCCUCUCUAGGUACUACUCUAGUUGAUCUGAGGUGGCCCAGCACCCUGUCCAGCUGAGACUUAAAACUGUCUGAUGUGGGGGAAUCCACCCCUGCCCUUGGGAGAUGAUUCCACUG